UCUAUUGUGCUGCAUUGUAGUUUCUAAUAUUGGCCAACUUUAUUCAUAUUUUGUCCCCAGAAGCAAACCAAAUAAAUCCCACACACACAGACACACACACACCAAAAAGGCGUGGGGAGGGGCCUAAAACACUCAGUAUGAUGAAAAUUCCCCCCACAAUCACCCAUUGCUGGGCAUUUUGUUAUACACAGGGUGCAAACUGUCCAGUACUGAAAUGACUAGUUGUUAAUCAUCCAGCAAUAUCUUCAAAUUACAUGCCUUUAUAUUUAGGAUGCUUACUGAAAGUCAUGCCAACAAUUUGGUGUGUACUAUAAUUUAAUGACCAGUAGAAAAUGUACUGCAACCGCUGUCAAAAAAAUAUGUUAUCAGUCACAGAUUAUGGUCAUUCAGUUUAAUUCUUUAGAAGAAAAAAAAAAACAGGUCCCAGACAGAGUUCUUUCAAGUGGCAACUGUAAGGCUUUUAGAAACAUUAAAAGAAAUUUGGCGAAAAAUUUGGUGGUCAACAGUUACAUUUUUAGACAAAGUAGUGUAAAAACAAAUAUGAAAUCACCAUGAUAAUUUCCAUUCUUAAAACUAAGACCGGAUCAGAUUGUUGAGGGCUAGCAUAGAUCAAGGAAGGCAUGAAAGCACAAGACGGAUAUCUUAAAGGUGUCAUGAAAACGGAAAAUGCACCGAAAAGCAAACGAGGAACAAAAAGUAGCAAACUGGACUUUCAUAACCGAAUCAACCUCAAAAAGCCAUCAUUAACACAAUAGGCUAAGGAAAAGCAGUCAUGCUUGUAUACAAUCAAGAAGAAAAAAAUAAUAAUUGUGCUCGAAUGAUUAACAAUAGUUUCAUAUUGUGUGGUAGGGUGAAACAACCGUCCAACGAGGGGGCAAAGUCCAACCCGUCUAAGCGGCACCGGGAUCGCCUCAAUGGGGAGCUGGAGAGGUUGGCCAGCCUCCUUCCAUUUCCAGAGGAGGUCACGGCCAGUCUGGACAAGCUCUCCAUCCUUCGACUAAGUGUCAGCUACCUGCGAGCCAAGAACUUCUUCUCUGUGGCCCUGACCAACAGGGACAGAGUCACUCCAGUCAGCGUCAACAAUGUCGAGGGAAAAACAGCAGGAGCUGUGGAAGCCAAAAUACCCGAAGGAGAACUUUUGCUGCAGGCUCUCAAUGGGUUUGUCCUGGUCAUCACUGCCAGUGGUACCAUCUUCUUCUCCUCUCACACCAUCCAGGAUUACUUGGGCUUCCACCAGACCGACGUCAUGCACCAGAGUGUGUAUGAGCUGGUCCAUACGGAAGACCAGCAGGAGCUCAGGAGAAACUUACACUGGGCGUUGAAUCCGCCUCCUCCUGCAGCACCAUCAACCAUCAGCCCGGACUCACCUCAAGAGCUGGAGCCAGAAAGCAACUCAUCCUUGGUCACGUAUAACCCCGAGCAGCUUCCUCCAGAGAACUCGUCAUUCCUGGAGAGGAGCUUUGUGUGUCGUUUUCGCUGCCUCCUGGACAAUUCCUCCGGCUUCUUGGCUCUGAACUUCCAGGGCAGGCUCAAAUUUCUACACGGCCAGAAGCAGAGGCAGGAAAACGGAGGAAAGGCGCCUCCACAACUUGCACUUUUUGCCAUCGCAACUCCUUUGCAACCUCCAUCUAUCUUGGAGAUAAGGACCAAGAACAUGAUUUUCAGAACCAAGCAUAAGCUGGACUUUACACCGUUGGCAUGCGAUGCAAAGGGGAAGAUAGUCCUGGGUUACACAGAGGCUGAGCUGCGGGUACGAGGAUCGGGUUAUCAGUUCAUCCAUGCUGCAGAUAUGUUGUACUGUGCAGAAAAUCAUGUCAGAAUGAUGAAGACUGGCGAGAGCGGACUGACGGUCUUCAGGCUGCUCACCAAGGAGAAUCGCUGGAAAUGGGUGCAGGCCAACGCUCGUCUGGUCUACAAAAAUGGCAAACCUGACUACAUUAUCGCCACCCAGAGGCCCCUUUUAGAUGAAGAGGGAGGAGAACACUUGCGGAAACGCUCCAUGCAUUUACCCUUUACAUACGCAACAGGCGAGGCCUUGCUUUACCAGUCCAACCAUCCCAUCGCAGGCUUCAGAGACGGCCUUUCUGAGAAGAACGGCAGUAAGUCAAAGAAGAGCCGGACUGACAGGCUGUUGAGGGAUGGUCUGGACCCUGGCUCACUUCUCGGGGCCCUCAUGAGCCAGGAUGAAUCGGUGUAUGUUUGCCAGCCAGCCCUGGAGCCCAAAAUUUCCUUUCACAGCAGCUUAUUUGGAGACCAAAUUGGCUUCUCUGACUCCAAGUCCGGUUUGAACAGAAGCUGGGUCACACAGAGCAACGGGGAUGUGGAUCAAAGUAUCACAGAACCGGGAACCAGCUUUGACCCACUACUUGCGACUCUGGACUCCCUCUCGCUGGAAGGACAAGGCGUGGUGGAUUCGGAGGACGGCGGCUGUUCAAACGGGGAGUUGUUUGGCGCUCUGGAGGGUUUGGGGCUGAGCGCCGAGGAUCUCGAGCUUCUCCUCUUGGACGAGCGGAUGAUUCGAGUAGAGAUAGACCCAGAGCGCGUGCCCACCUUGGAUGACCUACUAACGAAUGAUGAAAUUCUGUCGUACAUCUAUGACUCCAUUGAAGGAAAGACCGAUUGCGCAGACCAGGGAGGGCAGGUGGCGACCUGCAAUCCUUCAGCGAGCGCAACAACCGGGUCCGUUUCGGAAAGCACUCUCACCUCUGACACAAAUGUGAAAAUGCAGUUUCCUCACCAUAAGCCUCUCGUGGCCGGGAAGGCUCCCAUCCUCCAGUUGUCCCAGCAGAUGCAAAAGCACCUCAGCAUGUGCUCAGGCAAAGGGGCACAAAACUGGGGCCAUCAGAAUGACCUGAUAGGGCAUGAUGAAGCUGCCCCUAACGGACAAUGGUCAGCUCAAGACAUUCUCGUGAAUGCAGGCAUCCAAUUGGAACACGUGAACUCCCAACAAACUGUUUUCAAUGGCAAGACAUCAGAACUAGAUGAGGAGCUUCUUCAACAACAUCAAACCUACCUUCAGCAGCCGCAACAGCAGAACCAACUCUCACAGCAGUGCCAUGCCAAUCCCAAGGCCGCCAUCCUAAAUGGACUCUGUGGCGUCUCCAGCACAGAGCAAUCGGCAGUAAAAUCACAGUGGCAGGACUUUGGCUUCGGAGAGAGUCUGGGCCCGUGCCACCAUAACUGCCAAAAAACUCUUGCGGGCACCUCGAGAGAUUCCUGCAUGGAUUACAGCAUCCCCGACGUUGACCAAUCGGAUUACUCCGUUAACGGGUUGUUCGGGAGCAGUGCGCUUCAACACAGGGCCGAGUCUACAAUUUCAUCUUUCCAGGGAAUUACCCAGAAGCGGAAGCAGGAGCCAAUCCCAGUUCCUUUAGCUCAGGUCAUCUCCAGCCUGUCACAGUGUCCGCCUCCGAAUGCCUCGCUGGAACAAAUCCUGGCGGUCGGCAAACCUUGUCGACAGUUGGACCGUUACAGCAUGGCGGCCUCGGACGUGCCUCAUGAGCCCAAUCACGCCAAGAUGGAGAAUGGCAGCAUCCUGACUGCAGCAUACCCAACAAUGCCCAAUGGGAAUGGCGCAGCGCCCUCCGCUGGCCAGAUACCCUGCACGGAGGCUCUGCCAGGCCUCCCAGAUCCACCAGCCGAUGGCUUCUACCUCUGACCAGCUGGCUCGUGCACUGCAAAUGGCACAGAUGCAUACAUUCACACACUAACUGGACCAGCCUUAUAACACGCAGAUAAGACAACAAACAAAACUCAUCAAUGCUGUCCUGUUUUUUCUUUUCUUUUAUUUUCUUUUUUGGGCCCAGGGGGGUUGAGCGAUCAUCGUAUUAUUUUUCAAGUCAUAUUAUCAUAAGAGUCCUUUGUUUACAAUAAUGCAGUUAGAGAGUUACGUGAAUGACGCGACAGACGAUUCAGGGUUUUCUUUUAGCAAAGGAGUUGCAGAUGAGCAAACGGGUUUGGAGUCGGUGGGUGUUUGUCUGCGCUUCAUGAAUGUACAGACACAAGCGGGAAAAAGGGAGGGAGGCUUUAGCACUAAAUGCAACUUUUACUUUCUACAUUGUCCAAUUAAAUAUCUGCGGAUCUUCCUGAUGAUAACACGUGUUCACCAGCCAGUUCCUUAGAUACACCUGAACAAUCAAAUCCGAUAUAAAAUCUAGUUUUGCAUAUUCACGAUUACUUACAGACCUCAAAGGAAACGUCAUUAUCUUCAUGGAUGAUGUCAUACUUGCUCCUGAUCAAGAAGGCAGACAUUGGAUUGUGCAGGUGUACCUAAUGAAAUGUCCAGGGGUUAUUUGCUUCACUUUACAUCUCAAAGCUCCAAAAAAAAAAAAAAAAAAGCACAAAAACAAACAAACAAAACAGUUGUCCGUCAUGCAACAGGAAUGUAGUGCUUCAUUUCUUUAUUGAGUUGUCCCUGUCAUCAAUGAGAUUAAAUGUUUGAAAGGAAGUCGAGAAAAUGAUGCUUGGAUGAUAUCCUGCACUUUAUUUCAAGCAGCCAUAUAACGCAGCAGCUCUGCAGUCAGGUCAAAACAAAGCCUGAUUUGUCUUGGUUGUAUUUUAUUUUUUACUGAUUUAGGGAAGUGACUAAUGCUAACUCGCCGUUUUCAGAUGACACCCUCACAAGCGCAAACAUUUCUGUACAAUUGUUCGUGUUCUCUUUGUAUUGCUCAAGUUGAAUUAUACAGUAUAUAUAGAGUUUCUUUUUUUUUUUUUAAUGUUGACUAUGUCGCUCAACGUUAACCUUUGGGGUGUAAAUGCAUUGAACUGACCUGAAAGUGUUUUAAAUCCUUGGCAUUUGUUUGAAGUAUUUUGCUUCACUUUAUCCAUACUGUAUGUCAGUGAAGAAAAAAAAAAAGAUAGUAGGAAUUAU